AUGAGGUCGGGCUACAUCAGUGUUGACUAUAAAGUCCCGCGUUCCUACCUGUUCGCCGUGGUCGCCAAUGUCGGCCCCGGCGGUGCCAGUCGCACUCUGUCUGUAGCAUACCGUCAGCACCAGGAGGAAUGGAACUCCUUAGGAUCAGGGGCACGAAUGCAACAUAUGGUGGCCGACACUCUGGCGCUGAUCGCCAUUUUCUCAGAUCCUGCCAACCGCGCGUGUCUCGAGGCGGAGAAGGCCCUCGCAAACUGGUAUCGUCGAUCCCUCGACCCGCCGAUUGAUGAGCGACCCAGUGUGCCUGAUCGCCCGCAGCCCCUUUAUCUGCCACUGACAGAACGCCGGCUGGACCUGGAACCACUACCCCCGCUGACAUGGUGCUAUGAUGCAGUCCGGAAAUUUCCGUUCACUGCGACAUGCGUAUCGCUGGCGUUGUUACGUGGCGACCAUGACCACAACACCGCCAUCAGCGAUGUUCAAUUCCAGCCCCUGUCGACGAUAUUCCGGGGCGACUGUAAGGAGUACGGCCUUGUUGUACUUGAUAUCUCCGACCUAGAGACCGGUGUGAGGUAUGGUAUUGUGGCAUUCCCCAUGCGCUACAUGACCGACGUUCAGCACCAAAGCCCGACAGGGGACUAUGGUCGUGUCAAAGCCACCCCACCAGCCCAGGAGCCGGAUGUGGUCCUAGAGAGCUCACGGCCUCGAAAGCUGUUAUCGAUUGCUGAGUGGCUGUGCCGCCUCCUUGAAUUCUGUGCUAACGGAGAAAUGGCAGAUAUCUGGCCACCGGAGUUGGUUCCCCCGGAGGUUGUCGAACCGGUUCAACCAUUUUCUAACAGUGCUAUCUCGCGCAUCGUGAACUACUUUCGACCGCCCAAGUCCACCAGCGGUCCCUCGGACUAUAUGGCCGGCUACACCAUAGACGACCCACCGCGAGACGAAUCUCUCACGCAGCGAAAGGAUGGAUCCUCCAGAGACGUAAACGAGAAAUCAAUUAAGGCUGAAAAGGGUCGAUCAUCAGCAGCUUCAAGCAGAAGCACCCUAGUUGAGCCACCCGCACCGAUCCCAUCAGGCAUAGACCGCAUCAUUGAUGAUCUGCUCGAUCUCACCCAGGAACCCACAUCCACGCUCUGUGCGAAUGGGGAAAGGCCGAUGGUGAAUAUUGAACUGCUUUCCCAGUUCCAUGAAAGGCUACGAGAGAGGCUUGAAGAGGCACCACAUCGGCUUGGUCCCGCUAUAUUCUCCAGCCAGGUCCUACGCGUGGCCUAUGCAGCAUGUCAACACCUCAACUGGGGAGUAUUUAACUUAUCACCUCGGGUAAUCACUGCAGCCAUCACCGCAGAUGCGCUUCGCAGCGCGUCUGCACUGACUCUCUGCGUUGAUGAGCAAGUACUGGAGGAGUCAUACCUUAAUGAUCUCGCCGCGGCCCUGGCGCAGUCCACAUCUCUUCGGCAGAUAUUCUUGGUACGGCGGCCGGGCCGGAAGGACAAUGACAUUCCGACUCGUUUAUGCUCGCAGUUACUGGAACUAUGGGAGAGGGAGUCUAAGAAACACCUGGAACGGAGAAUCAUCCAGUCAACCUCAGCAUUUUCAAGCGGCCUACGCAGCCUCGAGUCGAUCACACCCCCUUCAACGAUUGGCUCCUCUUCCACGUCCUCCGGUGUUACAGCCUUUCCCAUGAUACACAUUUUCUUGUUUAACAGCAAGGACAGCGCCAGCCCCGGGGAUACAAGACACUACUCCCUAGAGAACACCCUGUUAACAGCCGAGCACUUCGCCGUGCGGUUCCUUGCAUACCUUCGAGCCCUCGGUCCCGACAUGGAACCUGACAAGGCCAUCUUGCGACUUGCAUACGAUUGGGGCACAUCGGUGCUUACACCCUCCCACGACGGAACAUCGUACGGGCCAACGGAUCAUGUUACAGCUUCAUCACCAGCGCCAGAUGAGUUGGGUGUAUCCCCCAUACCCAUUGGAUUCUUUCAAUCAAACUCUACUGCUCAGGACAAAACCCGAGUCCGACUUGGAGAUAUCCCCUCCGGCAGCUGGGUUGUCCUUAUGGAUCGACGAGACCUUAGACAAGAAAGAAGCGAUGACAAGGCCCUCUUACGAUACACGUUCAUCCGUAUUCCUCGGUCCUCCGCCGAUACUGAGCCCGGGGAACAACAGCAGGUCGCCCCUAGGACUGUGGAGGUGGUCGGUGGGCUGAUCGACUUCCUGCAAGCAACCGUCCCAGACAUUGAUGUUCCCACAUGGGAAACGCGGCUUGACCAGGUGAAGAAGGACGUGGCGAAAGCUUAUACGAAGAUGACCCAACCCAAACCCAAGUCGCUUAGUGGCCUGGGCGUGAAGACCUGGCUUCGACAGAUCGUGGAGCGGUACCCUCGGGAGGCGGAACCAGACGUGCAGGAUGAGUUUUUGGAGCAGGCGGUCGUACAGACACACUUGUUAAUGGACCCGGCGGUUAGGGGGAAGGUAGAGAUGGUAGAACGCUGUAUCAUUAUCAUCCGCGUUAUUGAUGAGAGCUUGGCCCAUACGUUUCUCGACCGCCCUGAACCUGGAACAACGACACCCCUUUCACAUCUUCCAGCUGAGCGACCACAAUGUACUCAGAAUACACCACCAUCUACACCAGAACCCCCCCGGUCUUUCCUCUUCGCCAUUGUUGCGAAUGUCGGCCCCGACGGGACCACCCGCCCCCUGGCCGUGGCCUACCGCCAACACCACGACGAAUACAACACCCAUACGUCAUACCCACGAGUGCGCCAUAUGGUAGCUGAUACCCUCGCACUGAUCGACAACCUCUCUGAUCCCGCAAACCGCGCACAACUAGAAGCCGAGACGGCGCUCGCAAACGACUGGUAUCGUCAGUCGUCAGGGGACGAGCUUCCCACACAUGAACGGCCCAGCGUGCCGGACACCGAGCAGCCCCCCUACAUGCCCAUGGUCGACUCCACGGGGCCAGUGAAACAGCAGCCCCCGCUCCCCUGGCGGGAGGACGGAAUCCGCCAGUUCCCAUUCACCGCCACCUGCGUUCUACACGCGUUGCAGCGGGACGAUGCCUCUCGCGAGAGCACCCGCCCCGGCGACAUCCAGUUCCAGCCUCUAUCGACAGUCUUCCGAGCAGACUGUCUCGAGUAUGGCUUGGUUGUUCUCGACAUCUCCGAUCUUGAUCGUGUGACGUACGGCAUUGCCGCGUUUCCUACAUGCUAUAUGGCUACGGUUCCGUGCGAAGACGAGAACAUAGGCUGGGAUCCGGUCGAGGACGAGCAGCCGGACCAGGUGGAUCUUGUCCUGGCUAGUCCGCGUCCUCGUGUGUUGUUGUCGAUUGGGCAGUGGGUGCGGAAGUAUUGUGAGUGGUUGUCGGUGGAGGAGGCGCCACGCAUCCUCGAACUGGAGGAGAGGCCGGUGGCUAAGGCGACAACGCUGGAUUAUAUCUGGCCACCGGGGCUGGAUGACCUCCCUCGAUCCGUGGUGGAGAUGGGAGCCUCCGGUGCCUCCAGCGUGACUGUGGCAGACGAGCCGCGGCACACUGUCUCGAUAGGAAUGACAAGAACGACAGGAACGGGCGGGUGA